AUGGUACGCGUGCAAGAGGGUGCGCUUCGCUCAGGUGAGCCUGUCCCAGAAAGACCAGAGCUUUGGCCUCGAAGUCCUAGUCGUGGUACACCCUCGACAUGCUUCACGAUGACUGAAGAGCGCUCUGGGCUUGGCGUUCGACGGAUUCGCAUUUGUAGCCUUUGCUGGCGAGGUACUGCUCGAUGCCGGUUGUUGAG